AUGGAAGCUGCCUCUAGCGGUAUCGCUGUUGCUUCAAUAACAAUCCAUCUCGCCGACAGCAUCAAAACGCUUCUCGACUUCUGGGAUUCGGUUCAAAAUGCACCUACCAAAGUCCACACUGUGCUGGAAGAUUUAGACUUGCUCACUUCGGUACUCGAAGAUAUACACCGAGUACAAGUGCAGUGUGGAGCUGAUCCAAAUACCACGCGGCUGCUACACAAUUGUAAGUCUUCGAACUUGAAUUUGUGCCUUAUUGAUUGAGAGAGUUCUCAGGCAAAGAGAAGAUGAAACCUCUAUUUGAACUCUUGAACGAGCUGCAAACUGGCUUUGGCUCUGGUAAGAAGCGUGUGGUAAAAUGGACAGCGAUCAAGGCUGCUUUCCGGGAAGAUAAAAUCCGAGCUAUGGAGAUAUCCAUUACCGAUACAAAGCUCACGCUUCUACUUGCUCGCCAAUGUUUGCAGGAGUAAGUUGUUCUCUACUAGUUCCUUAAUCCGCUCAGCUGAAUGGUUGGCUUCACAGAACAAGACAGCAUGCAUUCUACAAAAAGUUGGAAAUGCAGAUGUCGGAAAUUUCUCAGAAAAGAGCGUAUUCUUCACUGUCAUGUACUCUCGACAUCCACGCGCUAGGAGAGGAUCAAAAUCGUGCAGUGAAUUCGAUAGCAGAAAAAUUUGCGAGCUCUCUGCAAAAUCCAAUACUUCGCUCUGCGGUAAAAGUCUUGUACUCUGAAACGAUAGCUGAGCUCAAGAAGCCCGAACCGGGUAACGUGGGUCAAGACCAAGCUGAUUAUUUAACGAAAAAUACCUGCCAUAGUUCUGAGCGCUGCAUCGAGGAUGGACAAAGUACGCGGCCAAUCCCGCGUGACCAGGAGCAGAAUAUCUCGCUUAAACCCUCCACUUCCUUAGCGCUUCCCCUUAUAGUCAAAAAGCAAAGAAAGCGGCGCCUGUUUUCACAAUCUGAGAAGUCAUUCUCCAGUAUCCUUGGGUUUAUCAAGCUAUUUACAAGAUACUACAAACUGUCAGGAGAGUAUGGGUUCUCUAGAAACAAAGAGAACCUUGACAUCGAAACCUGUUUUGUUUUCCUUCCAUCACGAUGGAUCACACUGUGCGGCAUAUCCUGUGGUUAUCGCAUGCUUGUUUCGAAGUCGUCUAAAUCAUGGCAGAUUACGCCUAAAACAAUCAACAUUAUCCCAGAAGAAUCUUUGGCUUUCGAGUUCUCCGGAACUGGUAACUUGGAAGGAAUAAAGUCACUGUUUACGAAGAACGCCGCCACCGUCUGGGAUACAGACUAUUUGGGCUUUACGCUCUUACAUGUGAGGGCGUUUUCUGUUAUUUAUGAUGAUUCAGUUGUUUACUGAAAGGGGCACUGAUCGCUUCUAUAGGUGGCAGCGAGAAAUUGUCAUCUAGAAAUGUGCAAAUUCUUGAUAGAACAAGGGGCAGAUACAGAAAUCGGAUCGUUACACAAGCAAAGGUUGGUUUAUUAUAUGUUAUUAUAUGAUAUAUCAUUUCCGACAGACUACAUAGGACACCACUUAACAUGGCUUGUAUGAACUUCUCAAGCACUUCCUUUAUUCGGUUCAGUGAAGAUAAGAUAGCUAUCCUCAAUCUAUUCAUUAGCCAGCUCGAAUUUUUCGACUCUGAUUCGAUCGGAUGGAAAUGUUUAGAAGACAUCUGUCACCACGGGGGCAUGAACGAUCAAAAGCUUACAAAACAUGCUGAGUAUCUGGUACACAGCUUUUCCGAGGAGAUUAGAUCAACCCUUCGGCCUGGCUACUUAGCAUAUCCUUUAGCUUGCUUAUUGGGUACAAUCGGUAACAGAGGACCAAGGCUGAUACAACUCUUUCUUGAAGUUUCUGGCAACAAUUUUGACAUUAUCAAUGAAUUAUUAAACGACGACGGCUACGCCCCACUUCAUAUAUUGAUUAGGUAUCACAAUGGUGAUGCCUGGAACAUAUCUAGCCUCAAGCUGAUUUAUGAAAAGGGGGCCGAUUUACAUCUUUUAUCCAAUAGAGAUGAAUCCUAUACCCAGGAAACUUUUAACUUGACACCGUAUUUGCUCGGUCAAGAUGAAGCAAGGCAAUCCCCAACUUUUCUCGCUUUGCAAAAAUCAACUUCGUUCUGGCAUUGGCGAAAUUUCAUUGUAAACAUCCUUCACUUGCGUAUCGAGGAAUUUGUUUCAAUGGAGAUAAGAACUACCACGACUCCAAAUCACGGGUGGACAGAGAAAUCCCUUUUGAAACUGUUUCAGUACGAAUUUGAGUACGACUUUGAGACUUAUGACUUUGCGUGGAAAACAUGCGGUUGUCUUGGGCGACUUCUGUUAACUGGUGUUCAAUGCAAUAAUUCAUAUGAAGAACGAUCAUGGGUGCGUCAGCUAGAUAGACUCAAGCGCGACGAAGAACCGGACUUGUUCAAAUUUCCCAAUUAUGAUGACAUCGAGCCUCCUUUAUGCCGAAGAUGCUGGGAACAAUAUGAGAAAGAUAAAAGAGAGGAAGAAGCCGAAGAAGUGCUACCAAAGUGGCAUUCAUUCCUUUGA